GCCGCCCAUAAAUGAGCGGAGCUGGCGCGCACCUGGGGCGCGGAGUGCGGCUCCCGGGGACGCUGCGAGGGCUCUGCGCGUCGCCGGCGCGCUCGCGCUGCAGCCAUGCUGUUCUGGCACACGCAGCCCGAGCACUACAACCAGCACAGCUCCGGCAGCUACCUGCGUGAUGUGCUCGCGCUGCCCAUCUUCAAGCAGGAGGAGCCCCAGCUGUCCCCGGAGAACGAGGCCCGCCUGCCGCCCCUGCAGUAUGUGCUGUGUGCUGCCACGUCCCCGGCCGUGAAGCUGCACGAAGAGACGCUGACCUACCUUAACCAAGGUCAAUCUUAUGAAAUUCGACUGCUGGAGAAUCGGAAGCUGGGAGAUUUUCAAGAUCUGAACACAAAAUACGUCAAGAGCAUCAUCCGCGUAGUUUUCCACGACCGCCGGCUGCAGUACACAGAGCACCAGCAGCUGGAGGGCUGGCGCUGGAGCCGGCCGGGAGACCGCAUCCUGGACAUUGAUAUCCCACUGUCUGUUGGUAUCUUGGACCCCAGGGCCAGCCCGACCCAGCUGAACGCAGUCGAGUUUUUGUGGGACCCUGCAAAGAGGGCUUCAGCGUUCAUUCAGGUGCACUGUAUCAGCACGGAGUUCACCCCGCGGAAGCACGGGGGUGAGAAGGGUGUGCCUUUCCGGGUGCAGAUUGACACGUUUAAGCAGAAUGAGAAUGGGGAGUACACGGAGCACUUGCACUCAGCCAGCUGCCAGAUCAAGGUGUUCAAGCCAAAGGGAGCUGACCGCAAGCAGAAGACUGACCGGGAGAAGAUGGAGAAGAGGACCGCCCAAGAGAAGGAGAAGUACCAGCCAUCCUACGAGACCACUAUCCUCACAGAGUGCUCUCCGUGGCCCGACACAGCCUACCAGGUGAACAGCGCCCCCUCCCCAAGCUACAAUGGCUCUCCAAACAGCUUCAGCCUUGGUGAAGGCAACAGCUCCCCAACCCACCCGGUGGAGACCCUGCCCCUGGGCAGUGACCACCUGCUCCCGUCAGCCUCCAUCCAGGAUGCCCAGCAGUGGCUGCACCGCAACAGGUUCUCACAGUUCUGCCGGCUCUUUGCCAGCUUCUCGGGGGCCGACUUGCUGAAGAUGUCCCGAGAUGAUCUCGUCCAGAUCUGUGGUCCUGCAGAUGGGAUCCGGCUCUUCAACGCCAUCAAAGGCAGGAACGUGAGGCCGAAGAUGACCAUUUAUGUCUGCCAGGAGCUAGAGCAGAGCCGGGUGCCCCUACAGCAGAAGCGAGAGGCCAGCGGAGACAGCAGCCUGUGCGUGUACCACGCCAUCUUCUUGGAGGAGCUGACCACCUUGGAGCUGAUUGAGAAGAUCGCCAAUCUGUACAGCAUCUCCCCCCAGCACAUCCACCGUGUGUACCGGCAGGGCCCCACGGGCAUCCACGUGGUAGUGAGCAACGAGAUGGUGCAGAAUUUCCAAGACGAAUCUUGUUUUACCCUCAGCACAUUAAAAGCUGAGAGCAAUGACGGCUACCAUGUCAUCCUGAAAUGCGGGCUCUGAGCAAAAGUAGGACAUGCACCUGCCUCCCAGCGCCCAGCCCCACAGACGCCUUUGGAUGUAAGCUGCAGCCUCACUGGCCACCUGGAGCUGGGAAGGACCCUGCACAGGCAAUGGAAGCCACAGACCGUCAACCAGCAGAAGCCCAUGGACACGAAGUCUGGUGUGCAGAAAGCCAAUGGGUCUUUUCCCCCCACUCCUGGCCUCCAGCUUUUGGACAGUUUCUUGUUCUUUUUCCUAGCCCUCAUAUUCUAAAGGGACACAGUGGGGCCUCCUGCCUCUUAGUUGAAGGCUCACUGGGUAUCUAUCUCGGUACCACCUCAUUGGUCCCUUCUGAUUGCUCCACUGGCCCUGCAGAAGGCUUCGCCUCACCCCAUCCCUUUACCCCGUCUCUGGUGGCUGGCUCCGAGACCAGCCCCGCGGACUCGAUGGAGGCGAUUUGCCCCAUCCUGCUGUUUGCUUCCCUUCUCAGUGAGCUGUGCUGGUCUUGAAUGAUGGGAUGGGCGUGCGGUUAUCGUGUGCCUUCUGCUACUUCACUUCUCCCUCAUUUCGAAGGAUCUGCUGCUGCAAGCCCAGAGCUGCACUCGUCUCCAUCCCUGUAUUGGCGUGGUGGGCACCCUGGUGUACGUGUACGACUUGCCACACAGCUGGGUGUUCUAAAGCCUGCUGGAGUUGUGGAAAAAGCCCAUUUGCAGGGAUGGGAACAAUGAUUCCUCUGGAACUACUUUAGUAUAAUUUUAUUUCCUGAGCAAUCAAGGACAAGGAGGACUAGGCAGGGAGCAUUCCAUUGUAUCAUCAGAUGAGCUUGACUAUCACCAUGGUACCAGGCCCUCUUGGAUGCACUUACAAAAUCCCCUUUAGAGAAGACGUUAGUUCUUCACUGCUAAAUUUGCCAGGUUCCUCAGGGACGUUUUGUUUUCUGUGGGACGCCUCAUGUACACUCUGACCUUUUUGCAAUCGCAGAGGAGAUGUUGAGGGUAUUUUGCCUACCUUGGAAUGGUUGUGUCACCUUUCUAAAUGGCCUACCUGAGAUGACGUUUGAAUAUCAGUAACUAUGGUAGACUCAGCAGUUAGUCUUUGUCUUGCCUGUGGUUCCUGUGGCCUAGCACUAGGACUCUCUGCUGAUUCAGCUUCACCUUCCAAACCCUUGUAACGUAGUCCUAGGCUCAAAGAUUGUCAGAACCAGGUAUUCUUUGUUUUGCAGACGGGAAUAUGGAGGCCAGAGGAGCAAAGCCACUUGCAUGAUAGAGUGAUAGGAUGGUGAUAAGUAGUUUAUCAUAUGAAAGAAGCCAUUUCUAGCAGCAGAAACAGCUCUGUGGGGUCAGUAGCCAAGGUGUACCCACACAGUGAAGACUGGCCCUGGAUUUCUUUCUCUUGUUUCUAGGGGGAGCUAAUAGCUUUUACUGAAGUAUAAUUAACACACCACACGGUUCACCCACUGGAGUGUACAAGGCAGCUUCAAAAAAUGCAUGUUAUGAAAAACUGCAUUGAUUUCCAAAAUUUUUUGCACCAAGGUAAACAUCUUUUAAAAAAAAAUUUUCUAUUUUAAGUAGUUUUUAAGAGAUUCAAUAUAGUUCAUAGAUACAAUUCUAAGAAUAUAGUGAUAUUCUCUCCCUCCCCUAUCUCCCUCUUAUCCCCUUUGCUUCUCCCUUUCUUAUUUUUAGCUUCUGAGAUGACAUUUUUAAGUUACAUUACAGUGAAAUAGCUUAAUACUUCCCUAAAUCAGAAGUUUAACAAGUAAAAAGCAACGACACCCUAAUUCAGUGGGAAUUUAUAGACAAUGGCUAUAAACAGUAAUCAAAUGGAAAGAUGACCAUUUCACCCAUAGACAAUACAUUUUAAAGUAAUCACAGGUCAUUAAAACUAUGAUAGUAUAACUUUUUUUAAAAAGGUGUAUUUAUUUUGAAAGGCAGAGUAGAGAGAGGGAGAGACAGACAGGUCUUCCAUCUGCUCAUUCACUCCCCAGAUGGCCACAACGGCCAGGGCUGGGCUAGGCCAAAGCCAGGAGCCAGGAGCUUCUCCUGUGUCUCCCAUGUGGGUGCAGGGCCCAAGGACUUGAGCCAUCCUCUGUUGCUUUCCUAGGCUCAUUAGCAGGGAGCUGAAUCAGAAGUGGAGCAGCCAGGACAUGAAUCAGUGCUCAUUUGGCAUGCUAGUGCUGCAGAUGGUGGCUUAACCUGCUACACCAUAGCACCUGCCCCAUGGUGUACAUUCUUAACCAUUGGUUUGACAAAGGCAUAAAACAAAGUUUCACAAAAGUGUAUUUGCAACAAUACUGAUACACAUAGGCCUUUUUUCUUUUUUAAUUUUAGCUCCCACAGGUUGUUUGUCUUUUUGUGUCUGGCUUGCAUUUCACUAAAGGAGAUGUCCUCCAGUUGUGUCCAUUUUGCUGCAAACAACAGAAUUUCAUUCUUUUUUAUAGCUGAAUAAUAUUUCAGUUUUUCAGUGAACAUUUUGAAGUAGCCUUGUACAGUUCUAUGGUUUUUACCAAAAUUCAUGGAAUCACAAUCAACUCAGAGUCAUGAUCAAUUUUUGGACAUUUUUAUUGUCCUCUUGGCUCAAAAUUCCCUGCUUUCUGCCCAGUUCCUCCAGAUACAGGCAACCAGGUAUCUACUUUGUAGACAGAUUUCCUUCUUGUGGACAUAUCAGUAUAUGGCAUCCUACAACAUGGUCAUUUGUGACUGGCUUCUUUCCCUUGCAUGUUUUCUAGAAUCAUCCGUGUUGAGCAUUUACAGGACUUUGUUCUUUUUUUUAUUGCCACUACAUCGUAUGAUGUACCACGUUUUGUUUGCUCAUCAGCAGAUGGACAUUUGGAUUGUUUCUACUCUUUGGCUCUUACAGGUAAUGCUGCUAUGAAUGUUUAUACAAGUUUUGUGGGCAUUUAUUUUUGUUUCUUGGGAACAGGUUCAGGAGUGGACUGACUGGGUCACGUGGUAACUCUAGGUUUAGCUUUCUAAGACCUGUCAGGCUGCUUUUCCUAGCAGCGGCACCAUUUUGCACUCCUACACACAGGGUGUAAAUUUCCAUUUUCUCCACAGUGUCACCAACACUUGCUAUUAUCUGUCUUUUUUUGGCUGUACUGCCAUGGUGGGUAUGAAAUGGUACCUCCCUGUGAUUUGGGUCGGCAUUUCCCUGAUAGGUACUUGUGUUGAGCUUGUUUGCCAUUUGUGCAUUGUUUUUGGAGAAAUGUUUAUUCAGAUCCAUCAUCUGCUUCUUAGUUGGUCUUUUUGUCUUUUUUCUCCUGAAUUGUCUGAAUUUUUUGUAUAUCCUAUAUGCAUGCCCUUUAUCGGGUGUAUGAUUUAUAAGAAUUUUCUCCUAUGAGUCAUCUUCACUUUUGUGAUAGUGUCCUUAGAAGCCCAAAAGUUUGCACUUUUGUUGAUAUCCAAGAGACUUUUCUUUUGCUGUUUGUGCUUUUGGUGUCACAUCUAAGAAACCAUCACUUAACUUAAGGUCAAGAAGACUUAUUUUCCUCCAAGACUGUAUUUUCCUCCAAGAAUUUUUGUAGUAUUAGUUGUCACUCACAGCGAUCUUUGAUUCAUCUUGAGCUGAUUUUUGUACAUGUGUACGGUGUGGAGUCGGGGGUUCCAGCUCAUUCUUCUGCAUGUGGAUAUCCACUAAUCCCACCUGUGCAAUUGUCUGGGCACCCUUGCUGAAGGUUCCUGCUCCUGACUGCGUCUCUUUUUGGGGACAUGUUGAUGUCACUGGGAAGCUCCCUCCACCGUUUUUUAAAAACUCAGUCCUGUUCUGGUUCCACCGUUUUUACAAUGGUCUUCCCAUCCCAUUCUUGCUGCCGUCUCCCCUUUCUGUCUCAGCAGCACUGGGCCAUGUCCCUGCCUUGUGCUCGGCAGUCCUUCCUGGUACAUAUUCCAGCUCUACACAUUAGAGGAAGCUCAAGACCAGUCCUUUCCUCUUUGAAUCAGCAGGAACCUCAGUCCCACAGAAAUGAACAAUUCACUUGAGGUCCCACCACCCACUGGAAGACCCAGAACUCAUAUUGACUGUGGGCCUUCUGGCUUUCUGUCUUCCAGCCUUCGUGGUGACCUUGGUCACCACACCCAAGAGAUGCCACUACCCGGGCCAACUGAUGCCAGGAGAGAUUUAAAUUCUAAAUUUUUAUUUUUAUUUUUCUGAAUUCCAAAAGACGGUCAUUAAUAAAUUUGGUUAUGUCUUAUUUGCUGUUAGCAGAGUCUGUUCUCUGGCAUGCUGUGACAUGGGUGCUGGCAUCUGCUUCCUGUAGGUGGUGGUGGUGACAUAUUCUAGCUGACAAAGCAAUGGAAAAUGAUAAGUAUCAGAAGAGUACACAGGGUAGUUUGGUCCCAAAAUGUCAGAGCUUUGUGAUUCAGCAGUUUGUCCUGUCUGCGAAAGAAAGCCAUGGGUGUUACUUCUCAUGUCAUUGAGAUACAGAAAGGCCAUAGCACUCUGCUAUGGGGAAGGGUGGCUCCUCCCCUCCUUGACGCGUCCUAGGCUGUGGCUUCUGCUUGGCCACAGCAGCCUUUUGAAAGGGACCCCAGAGGGAAAGAAGAGGGGCCGUGUGCUGCUCUGCUUGUAGAGUUGCACCCAAAGCCCAAAGCUGAGUUCUGAAGCGUGGGGCCAGCAUCUGUUUGCAAGGUUGUGAUAAACGUUUCCUGUUUACCAGGCUGCACCUUCACCUUAGACUGAAGCCAUUGAGUGGGAGAACAAUGGGAUUCCUUGGGGGAAGGGGUCAGGGGUCAGGGGGAGGGGUGGAAGGGAUGGGGCAGAGAGUUCAGAGUCUUGGCUUGGGGUCCUACACAAAGGUCAAGCAUUGCCCCAGUGACCUCAGGCCGCUUAAGCAGAGCUAUUAACCCAGAGAAGGCUCACCUGGAGCCGUCUGGAGCUGGCUGAGCCGCGUGGGACAAGUUUCCAAGUCCAGUGUUGCUUCAGGGGCUGGCCUGAGUGACCGGUCUGAAAAUCAUUAACGGAUUGAAAUAAAUGGAAAAGCCUCUUUUGCUGUUGUCCUGGAGCAGAGGGAGAAAUGUCUGGGCUCUCCGGGAAGGUGGGGAAGCAGAGGAGCACAGGGGCUCAGGGAUCCAAUGUUGGCACCACCCGAGGCGCAGGAGGAGGAAAGGGAACAGGAGCCAGAGGGUUCCUGGGCCCCAGACCCUUGCUCACCACUUUUGGGUUUCUGUCUCCUCCCUAGGAGACCUGGGGAGUCUGUGCCAGCGGUCAUGGGGUGAAUCUGAGGAGCAGAGAGUCUCCCCUUCUCUGCAUCAAAAUCACACAGUGGGCAGGUGGCCUUGGUCUGUGCGUGUCCUGGCUGUGUUGCCAGUGCUCCUGCGUGGCAAGGUUGCAUGCAUGCUGACACGGCUGGGAAUCUUCUCUAGCUCCCAGUGUGGUCUGCUCUCCGUCAGCCCACUUCCAGGGCCCCUCGGUGCUCCCCACCAGCUACCUCCCAGAUGCAUGCUCACGUAGGCACGGGUGUGGACAUGAGUGCUCCCUCUGGCUCAGAACCACCUUUGCAGCUGGAGAAGACAAGCUCCCUGGGUUGCCGACUGAUCCCCUUUGGAUCUUAGGAGACACCUGCAGAGGCUUUGAUGGAGUUGGUUAGGUUAGGUUGCCCUGGGUAGGACUCUGUGCUCCCUAAGUGGGCCCCUGCAGCCAGAUGAGCAGUGCUGACAGCUAGCAUCUAUCUGCCAGGGCCCUGAGAGCAAGGUCCCUGGAGUUAGUCUUCCACACGACCGCCUCCUGGCAGGCCCCUUUCCCCCUGGGGGUGUGGACUCUGUGGUCUCAGUAGUCAGACUGGCCAGUGGGCAAUGUCUAUAGCUCCCCUGUGCUCACCCAUCCUUCCCAAUGCCUGUAAAGGGCAGGGCCCUGGAGUCCCCUCCUGGGACCCAUCUAGGGGAUCCCUGAGACUCGUGAACUCCUCAAAGGCACCUGUACAUGCCCCCCACCCAUCCAACCCAUCAGCUGCCUGCCCUUGCUGGGUGACAGGUGACAGAUCUGAGUGGCAGCUCCCAUGCCAAGGCCCAGAGCCGUCUCCCCUCUUACUGUUUGGGGCCUUUAGAGCAGAGGCCCUGGCUAGUCACUCCCAGGUGUGGAUUUGUGGCUCUGUGCGGGACAGCUGGAGGGGGUGGGGGGUGGGAAGGAGCUGUCACUGCCUCAGCUUGGGCUGCCAGUGCAGGCAGCAAACCACCCGCUCUCCAGAGGGGUCCUCACGCCCUCCAUCCCCAGGAGGCCUGGUGGGCUGUAGGGGACAGAAAGGCUCUUCUCUGUGGAGUUUCUAGACUUUCUUCAAAAAGAGUGGCUUCUGCAGUGACCAGCAUCUGCCCUGCCUCCUCGGGUUGGGGCUGGUGCGUUUGUGCCUGUUUGGUGAUGGGGAACACUCUCCUAGCACCCAGUUAGGUAAAAUACUCCCCCCCCCCAAAAAAAAGCCCCACUCUUCUCAUUAGUAGAACCAUAUUACCCCAAAAAUACUUAGUAUAUUUUUAAGUUCAUCAGUUCAAAAAUGGUGGAAACUUUGCUUCCUGCCGUGCCAGCGUAUGGAUUUUUCCUCUUGGCCCUUAAAGCCUGUUUCCUCCCUAGAGCUAGACAGAGGCAGUCUGCCAGCCACAGAGCCUUCCUCCAGCACGCUCCGUCCCCGCCGGGCUGGCUGCCGGAAGUCCCGGACAGCAAGGACUUCCUUAACUCCUGAAGCAGCAGUUUGCUUGCGCAGUGAAGCAGGAGUGGAUUCGGCUGAGCGGGCUCCGAGCCCUCUGCCGGCUGAGGGUGCCGCUUCCUGGGUGGCUGCGAGCACCCCUGGGAAGGCUCUGGUUCUCCAGCUGCCUCCUGUUGAGCUCCCCGCCCCGCGUCUCUGGGGAGGCGGAGUCCCUUUCUUCCCUCUCUUCCCCUCCUGCUCUCCCGUUUCCAGAAGCUGUCAGGUCUUUGGCCUGAAUCCCUGCGGCCAGGGUCCCCAGGCCUGACAGAGCCACGGCUUGUUCUAGCGUUCACGGGCUGCCCAGCUGCUGCGGGUGGCAGCCUUGUGGCCUGGUCACUGGACGCUGGGAGUAGCAGCCUGGCCUCACUGCCAGGGAGUGUCCCGUGGCCUGAGGGCUUCCUGGCCUCUCUGGGGACCUGCAACCCCUUCCCACAUGUUUUGCUGCCCUGCCUCCUAAGAAGGACGGCAUUUGGACCAUGGUUGCCUUUGUGGGGUGGGUGUGAGGGCCAGCUUCCUGGACAGAGUUUGGCAGGGCAGGACUUCCAGGCGGUGUGGCCCAGUGUGCAGCUGGGGCGGUGCCGCUCACUUGCAGCUCAUCCAGCCUCUGUCUCCCUCUCUGCCUUCCCACUGGGUGCAGACGGCGGCUGCAGGAGUGGCCUGGGCCGAGGCCAGGCUCUGGGUUCCAUGCUUUUCCUUAGAGUCUCCCCAUAGCUCAGGCUGCAGGCCAGGGUCCUACAGGUGCUAACAGACUGACCUGGAUAAGCACCAGUGUGGGCCCUGGCUCCAGACCAUGUGCUCAGGUGGGCGGGACAACCUGGGCUUGGGAAGCCUCCGUGAGGCCUGGAUGCUGCCCUGCCAGCCCUCUCGCAGGGUGGAAGUGAGGCUCCUGUGUCCCGCUAAUGUGCAUGUAUUUAAAGUGGUGCCUCUUUUAUCAGGAUGUAACUUGCCCGCCUUUUUCCACGCUGGGUGAUUAGUUUCUCAAGGUGGUGGGGUGUUGAUCGGGCUGGGCCAAGUGGGUGCGAUGGGUUCUGGAGACUGGAGUUGUCCUCCUGCCAUGUCAUUUUGUACCUGGAGUAUCGCAUAUUUUGCACUUGUUACUGUUCCAUUGUGCACAUGAGAAAUCUGUGUGUGGGAUCUGUGCUUGGGUCAGAAUGCAAAUAAAACUCAUUUGUAAGAAGCCCCUGCGA